CGCCAAUUUAAAAUGUUUGAUAACAAAGGAAUUGUAUAACGACUGCCGGUACAGUAGAAUUUGCGGGUUAUUAAUGGUAAUUUAGGAAUAAACCUUAUCUGAGAAUUUGUACAGUCGAAAGGAUGAAAACAACAAGUGAUACAGCACAAGGAAUUGUUUGUAAUGUAUUGUACGAUUGUUUAUGUAUCGGAUAUAAAUAAAAUUAAACAUUCAUUGGAAAAAAAAAAAAAAAGAACAACAACUUCCAGAUGUAUACAGUAGUUUUUUGGUUUCAAUGUUAAACACAAGUUUCAUCAAGAUAUAAAUAUUAUCUGGCAUCUGGUAUAAAUGUAGUGUUUUAUCUGAACCAAUGUGUAAUCAUCUUGGUAGAAUCAUAUGACUCUUUCGCACGUGACUUUAUUUACAGUUGAUUUUAUAAAUUGUGAAUAUGUAUGGGACAGUUUCCUGUGCGGUAGUAGACCGUAAAUCCAUGUUAAUCGCGAGAUGUAGGAAUUGUAAUUGAUCUAUGUUAACUUAUGAUGCCUUUGUUUAACAAGUUUUUAUCCACGAAGACAAAUAAUAACAAAAAUAAUACGCGUAAAGAGUCAUUAAAUAUUGACUUUGAAGUUGCUAAUAGAAAAAAAUUACAUUUUGAAGCUGAACAAGUGAGAAUUUUAUUAUUUCGAGAGUGUGAGUGGCGUGGAAAGAGACUAUUAUUUGAUUCUGUAUCUCUUUCAAAGCAAACUUUAUCUAAUUCUGAUCAAAAUGUCAAGAAAACAUGUACAGAAAGUAAUUCAUGUCCUAGGAAUGGAAAUGGAUUACCUUUGGCGAGUGAAAAAGAUCCUUGUGAUAACAUAAGUCUUCUGAGUGAAAUGAUAUUUGGCACAGUUGCUAUGACAUAUAGAGGUCCUCUUUUUAAAGUUCAUCUACUAGAUGACCCAAGAUGUAUCAUGUGUACAAAAGUUUUUCCUGCUUCUGAUCAUAAUCCACACAAACAAAGUAAUGGAGUAACUUCAACUGAAACAACAAAAACAUCUACGAAUUUUGACUCCAAUUCUAGUAAUGGAAGUAGUCGAAAUACUCUUUCCUCUCCAAGUUCUGGUAAUUUUUCUGGAAGUAGUUUGAGGAAGAGUUCGACAUGUUCCAGUACUUGUAGUGGGUGGGACAUAGAUGUUCUUCAUCCAGGCAGCUCUCAAUCUUUGGAGAUAAAUUCUAAUUCAUCCUCAGGGUUUAGUAGUUUUUCAAGUUUUCGUCGUCGAUGGCUACGAGCAAUGUCAACAUCUCUAAGUUUAACGGAUUCCGAUGAAAUAUUUGGAUUUCAACCGUACGGUGAUACUUCUGGAAACAUUUGUGAUUUUAAUACUCGACGUCAUAAAACCCGAUUAGGUUUAGCUCUUUUAAUUAAGUUAACUCCUGGUCAAGAACGACAGAUGGAGACUCAAUUGUUGGAGCAUGUAGCGCAUCUUGAAGCGAUAUUAAAUCGUUUGUGUUAUACAUGUAUGGAACGAAAUGGAAAAAAAACUGAUGAAGAUAAAAAAGGAUUACUAAUUCGAUUGCAUUAUAUUGCUUACCGUUGCACUAUGUGGCUACUUCGAUUAUUUAUGCCUUCAGGAAAUAAUGGUAGUCCUUCAAUAUGGCACCAAGUUUUACUCAACUCAUCUAUUUGCAUAGAUACCCGAAUAAAAAUGUUGUACUGUAGCUUUCAGCAAAUGUGUCAAUUAUUGAAUAAUUUCGAUACAAAGUCCACUAAUUUCUUCAUUAGUACGGUAAUUACGGCUGUUUUAACUUACCAUCUUGGAUGGGUGAAUACAAUAAUGUCUCCGCGUGAUAAAACAUGGAUAGAAAACAUCAAAACAAAAUUUUCUUAUAAUCCAUUUUGGGCUCAAUUAGGAGAUUUGUAUGGUGCAUUAGGAAAUCCAGCGAAAUUCGUUCACACAGUUAUUGUCGGAAGUUCAGAAAAAGUGACGUUAAUUAAUACAAUAUUAACAUUUUUAACGUAUUUUAUACGAAGUGCAAUUGUGACAAAGCAUUAUGAAGAACGUGAUUCCCCAGAGACAGGAGUACAGGAAGCAAUUAAUAUUUUAAAGCAGAUUAAGAAAAAGCACAGUUCAACUACAAAUACUUUAAAAAAUAUUAGAUUUACUCCACGUAAUAAUGAUCAUUGUGAGUCGUCUAGUAGUCGAUUAAAUAUUGAAUCUACUAGUGGACUGAGUAGAUCGCCUAAAAAUCUAUCAGAUGUAAAGUCAAUGAAUUCAAGUGGUCAGAGUGAAAAAAAAGAAAAGGCUACAUUGAACAUUCCAAAACUGAGAAAAAUAAGUAGUUUAAAUUCAAAUCUUGAUUCUCAUCCUUCAAAUUUACAAAAAACUGAAUCAAAAUUAUCUUUAGAAUUGCAACCACGUCGAAAUGACUUGAGUGAUUUUUCAAUAUGUUCAAAUGGUUUAGAAAAAAAUAGUACAUCAAGUUCAGUGAAAAUUAUAGUCAGUGAAAUCGCUUCUCAGGAGUUUGAAGGUGAAAAAAAUGUUCCACGAGUAUCAGUCUUUGAUGAUUUAGAGUUGAAAGACGAAUUGAGAGACUCUCAAUCAUUAUCAUUAACUCCGAAGCUUCCUAUUUUAGAGGAUCGCAGAGGAAGUACAUUAGAUGAAACAGAUGUCUAUUUUUCACAAGUGGAAUAUACUGACGACAAACGAAAUCAAGUUUUUUUCACUUUAGGAGGAGAAGAAAAACCACCUGUAGCGGAUCGAUUACCUCAAGAUAAUAAUUGUCAAUGUUCAUUUGCAUUUAAUCGUGUCCCGAGUACGUCAGCUCAAUUGCCUGAAGGAGUGUUAAGAAAAAUUCUUCAAAGAAAUUUUCCGGAAUCAUCGAAAAGUAUACAAAGGCCACCAUCAUCUUCUUUCAGUAAAGAACGACCUUUUGGCCUAUGUCCAAAAUGCAAUGGUAAUGGUAAUUACGAAGGUAGUAAAUUAUUGUUAGAAACACCCACCAAUGCUACAGAAGUUUUAAGAACUUGCGGAAGUUCAAUGACUACUCGAGGUGCUCGACCACGAUGUAUUGAUAGUCUAGAAGAAUUACUUGAAGUAAAUGAAGUCAUUGAAUUGCCGAUGCCACGAUCAAAAAAUUCAACUGACCCAUCAGUGAAUCUGAAUCAAGUAUCAGGUUUUACUGAUACUCUUAUACGAAAAACAGUUACUGAAACAGCAGAUGGAAAUCAUUUGUUCUAUGAUUCAGGGUAUACGACAGGUCUAGUUAUUCAGGGUUUAAAAAAGAAGAAUAAUAAAGGAAAAGAUAUAAAAAUUAAUGAAGAAAAAUACGAUAGUGGAAAUAAUGAUGAAGAAAAGAAUAAUUUAAUCAAAGAGUUGAGAGAAGAAGUUAGUAUAAAUGCUCGGUAUCCAAUCGUUGAUCAUACGGUUUCAGAGUCAGUUUGUAUACUAGCAGAUGUAGAUAACUGGCAAGUUGGAAUUAUUUCAAAUAAUAUGCCUCUACAAAGUCAGUUACUUCCUGUUGGAAUGUCUCGAUUAGUUUCUGAUAUGUUAGAAGCAUUCGUUUAUUUGUGGACAAAAUACAGAUCUCCUGUUCAUUGCCUCAACAUCUUGGAAACCAAAUUGAGAGAGAUAUGGCUCAGAAGUGAGACACUAGCGAAAAUGUUAAUGUCUGUCGACGUCUGUGAGAUGAGCUUAGCUAAUUUAACAAGUACGUUGGAUCUUGAUGCCGCUGACAUACCACUUCUACUUGCUGUUGCUACUACUCACUCGCCACAAAUAGCUCAACGAUUUGGUUUCACACUUACUUAAGCACAAUGUAAUUGAAAUGUGUAAAUGUCCGUUGUAAGUAAUAUUAAUUGUUUAAACUAUUGUCGCUGUGAGGAUAUAUUUUUGUAGUGAAGGCUAGUAAUAAUUAUUGGCUAUGGACUCAUGACAUUAUAAUUUGAGUAUGAAAGCUAAUUAAUUAUGUAUUUAACUAAAAUGUGUGAUAGAUAAUAUAAAUUUUUAUGAUCGAUUUAUUAAAUAAAAAAAUUUAUGUUUGAUAAAUAUAUUGAUAUGUUUGAGUUUAUAAUAUAUAGUUAUAGAAUAU